AUGAACAGAUUCUGGAAUUUUGCAAAAAAAUUUGUCUUCGAGAUCAUUCCAGUAAUUGUUACUGGAAUGGAGCCGUGGUCGGAGCCCAAAAAUAAGGGAAUAGAGGGACUCAAGAGGGACCGCAAUGGAGAAGCGAACUGUACUCACUUUUAA